AUGGCAACCAAUUACUUCACCAAGUGGGUGGAAGCUGUGUCGAUGAAGCCAGUCAGCCAGGCUGAUAUGAUUAAGUUUGUAAAGCGUGAAUUGAUACAUCAUUUCGGUCUACCUGAGACUCUCACCUUUGACAAUGGGUCAGUUUUCUCUGGAGGCGAGGGUAACGGCCAAGCAGAGGCAAGAAACAAGGUCAUUAAGGUAAAUUUGUCCAAGGUUAUUGAUGAUAACCCAAGAUCCUGGGCAGAGUUGUUGUCAGAGGUGCAAUGGGCUUUUAGGACUUCAAAGAGGACGGCGAUAGGGACGACCCCUUAUGCACUAACUUUUGGUCAUGAUGCUAUCUUUCCAAUGGAAGUGACUGUGAAGUCUCUACGGGUGGCGAGACAUUACGGGAUGUCCCCAAGUCAGUACAGGGAUUCCAUGAUGGCCGAACUCGACAAUCUGGAUGAAGAGUGUAUCUUUGCUCUUGACCGAGUGCAGGCCCAGAAGGCAAAGGUGGCUAAGGCCUAUAAUAAAAUGGUUAGGUCUAAGAUGUUUGCUGAGUCUGACCUAGUAUUAAAAGCUAUGUUUCCAGUUGGGAACAAGGACCCAAAGUUUAGGAAAUGGUCACCCACCUGGGAAGGACCGUUCGUAGUACAUCAAGUCCUAAAAGGUGGGGCUUAUCGCCUUAGAACAGUUGAUGGACAGGUACAAUUAAGGCCGUUGAUCGGCAAGUACUUAAAAGAGUACCACCCAAUAAUGUGGGAGGUUACAAAAUGA